AUGCCUCCAAGAAAAAAGGUCAAAAGUAAUACAAUGGCUUUCCAAGACAGACCAGACCAUGAUGAUUCGGAAUCAAGGCAAAAUGCCUCCUCUAGAGGGGAAGAAAGUGCAAGUGAAGGAGCUUUCACCCUAGCAGACCUCAUUGCGACUAUCUAUGUUAUGGGGGAAACCCAGAGGGAAAUGGUGGACACCAUCAAAGAAUUGAAAAGUUCUGUCUUUAAGCGAAGCGAAUAA